AUGAAGUUCUCCUCGGUCGUUUCGAGCAUUGCUCUGACCGUCCUCAUUCAACCCGCCGUGGCUUAUCCUGGAAUGGGCAAAGUUCUUGCCGAAAUCGAAGCUCGUCAGGACGCCAACACCGAUGUCGUCGUCGACUUGAACGCAGACAACGAUGCCUCUCCCGAGAUGAUUGGUGACCUUGCCACUGUUGGCCCUACUUCCAAAGUCGGCCAAAGCAUCUACAACAUCCUGACAGGAAACGAGUCGGGCGAGUCUCAAGCUGGCGGAUACAUCCCACCCAUUCUCGGGACCAAAGCCUGCAAGCAGGACACCUGCUGCGUCUGGUCUUGGGUUUCCCUGGAACUCAGCAUCGCUUUCACGGGUCCUACUGGCCGCUGUAACAAAUGGGCCCGUGCCGCCAUUCGCCUUGGUUUCCACGAUGCAGGUAGCUGGUCCAAGAGCACUACUGGCGGCGGAGCGGACGGCAGCAUCGCGCUUUCCGGCACCGAGAUCAACCGGCCUGAGAACAACGGUCUGCAGGACAUCAUCGGCAAGAUGAUCACCUGGCAGAAGCGCUACAACGUCGGCAUGGCCGAUCUGAUCCAGUUCGCCGCCGUGCAUGCCGUUGUGACGUGCCCGUUAGGACCGCGCAUCCGCUUCUUCGCAGGUCGCCAGGACAGCAAAACCCCGGCUCCGGAUGGCCUGCUCCCAGGCGUCAACGACAGCGCCGACAAGCUCAUCAAACUCUUCCAAGACAAGACCAUCAGCCCCCACGAGCUCACGGCGCUCGUUGGUGCCCACACGACCUCGCAGCAGUUCUUCGUCAACACCUCCAUGGCGAACGCGCCCCAAGACAGCACUCCGGGCGUCUGGGACACCCGUUUCUACAACCAGACGACAUCCGGCAAGGUUCCUAAAGGCGUGUUUCGCUUCGCGAGCGACGUCGCCCUCGCCAACGACAGCAGGAUUCAGGAUGAGUGGGUCCAGUUCACGGAUCCCGUCAAGGGCCAGAAGCACUGGAACGAGGACUACGCCACGGCCUACACCCGGCUCAGCCUCCUCGGCGUCAAUAACAUCAACAACCUUACUGAGUGCAGCAAGGUUCUGCCGGGCCAGCGCAUCAAGUUUGCCGAUGCGCCGAACCUGUGGAUCGACCAGUAA